CUAAUUGUUCAACACCUUCUGCGGCCGCCCCUGCGACUGCGAGCUGCGUAGUCCGUCGCCUACCGGCUAUCAUCAGCACGCACCGCCGCCGCCUCUCAUCUCAUCGCCGCGCUGCUUCCCCGCCCGCCCCCGGAUUGGCGCUGCCGCACCCAGAUCUUCCCCACCCAAAUCGACUCCGCCAUCGUCCGGAUCCACGCAGAGCCGUCGCGGAUCGACGUGCUGCCGCCACAGAUUGCGCGCUGUCGUACGGAUCGAGAGACACCCACCGCAAGCCUUCCGCGCUGGCGCCGUUCGGGAAGUAAGGAGGCUACGGAGAGGGCACAAGCUGGGGGGUGUCGAACUCCGUGGAGAACGCGCGGGCGGUGGAUGCCUAGCUCUGGUAGUCUGGUGGGAGGGUGAGGAAAAUCUAGCAGUGGCUGACCCACGGGCACGGCUGUCCCGAUUCGCCGGCCAUGAAGUGCCGCUCUGAUUCGUCAGGCGGUGGCGACGACCACCGGGCCCCAGCACCCGCUGCCACGGGCGUCGGUGGUGGCUCGCCCGUGGGCGAACCGAGUAAGAAGCAGCGGACGGAGGAGCCGGUCGCAAGCUCCAGCAUGGCGGGCGAGUGCUCGUCUUCGUUCUUGCAGGCUCCACCGCCGCUGGCGGAGCAGUUGCCACAGGACGCAAGAGUGGGCGAGCAGCCGCCGCCAGGUUCGGAGGCCGGAGGUGACGAGCAGGCCAGGGUGCCGGAUCUCGGGGAGGACCUGGUGUUCGAGGUGCUGAUGCGAGCGGAGGCCCGGACGCUGGCGGCCGCGGCGUGCGUGAGCCGCGGGUGGCGACUGCUGGCGCGGGACGAGCGGCUGUGGGAGGCGGCGUGCGUGCGGGAGUGGGCCUACACUGGAUUCUCCGAGCAGAUGCUUCGCAGCGUCGUGCUUUCGCUUGGCGGCUUCCGGCGGCUACACGAGAUGUACAUUCGUCCGGUCCAGCAGCGUGCUGCUGGAGCGCCGCCCGGGCAGCAGAGGCGGCAGUUGCCGGUGAGGAUGGGCCGUGACCAGGUCCAAGUCUCACUCUCUCUGCUCUCGACUUCGUUCUUUCUGAAGAUGCCUAAUGCUCCUCCACCUCCUCCUAAGGACAAGGAUAGAGAUAGAGAUAAGAAUGGAGGUGGCCAAUGUGGGUGAUCGACCUCCCAUGCAGCAUCACCACAUGCUGCUUAUGUAAUGUCAGGUGAUUGGAUUGUGGUUCUUCACUGCAUUUGUGGGAGUGAAGGUGAUAAAAUCAUUUGGAUUGGUGGGCAGAGAAGACUAUUCAGAUAGGUGCGGUUGUACUGAGUGAGAUUGGAUGGAAUGGAGUGCGAUGAUGUAUUGAAUGACUACCAAGUCGCGUGUUGUACCUAAAUCGCGCACAAUCAGCUAAUUUAUAAAGUUUCCAUGGCAUAUAUGUGAAUAUAUGAUGUUCCAAGAGAGAUGCAUUCAUGCAUCAUGCUCUUCGUGCU